AUGGGUCCUAAAAAACCGCCUCCUCCACCCGGAGUGAGCGCCAGUAGACAUUUUGUGAAUCUAACUUCAACACAAGCAGACGAAGACUCCUACGACUAUAUCAAAGCAAGAACCAAUGCCAAAUUAACCAGUUUAGUUGGUUCCAUUGCACAUCUUGUGAAAGGAGCAUUGGGAGGAGGAAUCCUCAGUUGUCACGUAGGCUACAUGAAAGGUGGCUUACUCAUAUCCUUACCGCUUCACCUUUUUUGCGGCGUUUACAUGGGAUACUGUCUUUACUUACUUGUGCAAUCUACAAUAAUUAUUUACAAACGAACAAGGAUACCAGUUAUGUCGUACGCUGAUGUAGGUGAAGCUUCCUUGAUGAUGUUUCAUAAGCCAUCUUUGGCUAAGUUUUCAAAAUUGUUCAGGUACAUUAUAGACAUCAUAAUAAUGGUUGAUCUCUUUGGGUCCUGCUGUUGCUAUCAAAUAAUUAUAGCAAAGACCAUAAAACAACUAGUCGAAAAUACUCCAGAGGCUAAGUUUGAAGGUGCUUAUGCCGGUUAUCCGUCUCUUCGAAUAUACCUAGCCUGUAUGAUACCCUUUAUCAUACUCAUUUGUUUAAUCAGACAUCUGAAGUAUUUGGCGCCGUUCUCAAUAUUGGCCAAUGUUCUGGUUGCGUUUUGUGUUUUCAUGGUGGUUUAUUACGCAAUGAUACUUAAUCCAACAUUAAAAGGAAUGGCUGCGGCCACAACUCCAUAUGGGAUGUUGGAGUUCGUGGGGCUUGCGGUAUUCAGUAUGUCAUGCUCUGGUGUGGUAAUCCCAAUAGAAAAUAAUAUGGCAGAACCGCACAAGUUUCCUAUUGCCCUGACUAUUGGUAUGGGUUUAAUUAUUUUGGGCACGAUGGCUGAAGGACUUUUUGGAUAUGCUGCAUUUCUGGAGAAAUCUAUGUCUCCUGUUACGAUGAAUUUGCCAUUGACAUUGGUCCCGAAGAUGUUGAAGGGGGGAAUUGCUGCGAUGAUUUACGUGACCCAUGCUUUGAACUUUUGGGUGCCAUUUAAUUUGGCUUUUUAUUAUCUAAAGAAGCGUCACCCCCCAGAAAAAGAAGUAUUUUGGGAACUACUAUACCGUGCAAUAUUUGUGGCUUGCAUUGGCGGCAUUGCGAUUGUGUUUCCGGACAUCAAUGCUCUCAUGGGUUUUCUGGGCGUGUUUUGUAUUGCCAACAUGGCGUUCGUUUGGCCUAAUAUUAUAACUUUAUUGGUAAUCUGGGAAAGGCCAGGACUUGGUUCAAUGAAAUGGAAGUUAUGGAGAGGGAUUGUUCUCCUAAUUAUUGGAAUGGUCAUAUUUGUCUGCGGUAGUGUGGUCGCUAUACUGGAGCUGUAUGACGUAUUCUAUAAAAUCAACGUGCUUGGCCAACCAGACGCGUAA